AUGCUCCUCCCACGCCUCCUAGCCGCAACCACAGCCCUCGCAACGCACGCCGGCGCGCAAAACAACAUGCUCCGGUUCGCGUGCUCGCAGCUGGUGGUGGACCGGAUCGACCCGCUGGUGAACCCGGGGAUGCGGUACACGCCGCACCUGCACCAGAUCGUGGGCGGCGACUCGUUCAACGUGACCAUGGAGCCGGUGGCGCACGACCUGGCGGCGCGCUCCAGCUGCACCUCGUGCUCGUUCCGCGAGGACCUGUCCAACUACUGGACCGCCGUGCUCUUCUUCCAGCACCGCAACGGGAGCUUCCGGCGCGUGCCCCAGGUCGGCAACGGCGGUCCGCAGGGCAGGCUGGUCAACGACGGCGGGCUGGAUGUUUACUACAUGCCGAGCGGCAAGGUGACGGCUUUUAAGAAGGGGUUUAGGAUGUUGGUGGGUGACGCCGGCCAGACCGACCCCAGCCGGGUUUCCAAGGCAAACAUCUGCCACAGGUGCUGGACUGCUCCAUCCGAAAACACCUUUAUCGGCGGCGCGCCCUGCUCUGGCAGCGACACUGUCGACAUCCCACAAAACCCGAACUGCAAGAUGAUCAGACAGACUUUGGUUUUCCCGUGGUGCUGGGACGGCAAGAACCUCGACUCGCCCGAUCACAAAAGCCACGUGGCAUACGGCGCCGGCAUGGGAAUCACUGGCGGCGGAAACUGCCCAGCAUCUCACCCCGUCAAACUCCCCGUCGUCAUGUACGAGCUCAUGUGGAACGUGACCGAGUUCAGCAACCGCGCCGACUGGCCGGCCGACGGCAAGCCCUUCAGGUACAGCAUGGACCUGGGCGGGAGCGCCGCCCACGGCGACUACGUCUUUGGCUGGAAGGACGACACCCUGCAGCGCGCCAUGGACGGCCGCUGCAACCUGAACCAGCCCUGUCCGCAGGCCGGCCUGACCGUCGCCCAGCCGGCCGAGUACAAUGCCUGCAAGGUGCGGCAGCAGGCGCCCGAGCCGGUGGAUGGAUGUGAGUUGUUUUUCUUCUUGUCUUGUGCUUGUGAUGGACCUUUGCAGUGUUGUCGCUAA